GCUUUUGCUGCCAUUGGCUGGAGGAGACCGAGAGAAGAAAAAAAAAAAAAAGCUUUCUGGAGAGAGACACACAGUGCAGAGCUCACUGCUGCUAGAGUUCUGCAGCUCAAACGUGACUUCCAACAUCUGCUUUUUUAUUUUAUUAUUUAUGCACACCCUUGCACCCCUUUUUUAGACACGACCACCUCUAGUUCCCCAGGUGACAUUACUGUGCAAGAUGUAGCUUCUGAUCACAAGCCAAAACCAUGUUCCAUUUGUACUGGAGACUGUGAAUACUAACAACAAAAAGCACAGGGCGGCGUUCCCUUCCUAGCUUCUCUUCUCAAGGCGAAUCUCUCCACUAUGAUUAUUUUAUUAAAGUGUUAGUUUUUUUGUAUGCAUCGACCGGCUUCCCACAAAGGAUUGCUUUCAAGGUGAACGGGAGAGGAAGAAGUCGGAGGAGGAUUAGCAGACAUCACCAGCAUCGGGAUUACUUGGUCUUUUCCUAUUGGUGUCGGGGCUUUAAUUCAUGAAUCAGUGGUUUGUCUGCUGCUGACCCGAUCAGGAGAUCAGAAUGAGCAAGGAAAGGCCCAAGCGAAAUAUUAUCCAGAAGAAAUAUGAUGACAGUGAUGGUAUACCAUGGUCAGAAGAAAGGGUGGUGCGCAAGGUGCUAUACCUGUCUCUCAAAGAGUUCAAGACGGCGCAGAAGAGACAGAGCGAUGACUGUAUUAAUGGCAGUUCCAAAACUCCAAAAGGUCUUCUUCUUAAAGGACAGUCUGAAGUAUCGGGGCAGUCUUCGGAAACUGAAAAGGAUGACACAUCUCAAGGGUCUUCACUCACUAAUAGUGUAACAUCUUCAGAUUCGGAAGAUUGUCCAGUAAGGAAAAGGCCAAGGCUGCAAGCACAAAGAAAAUUUGCCCAAUCCCAGCCAAACAGUCCGAGCACAACCCCCAUUAAAAUUGUGGAGCCAUUGCUACCCCCUCCAGUUACUCAGAUGUCCGACCUCUCUAAGCGCAAGCCCAAGACUGAGGAUUUCCUCACAUUUCUGUGUCUCCGAGGUUCCCUGGCCUUGCCAACCAGCAUGGCUUGCUUUGGAAGUUCCCAGGAUGAAGAAGAUGUUGAGGAUGAUGAUGUGGAACUUGAGUUCACCAAAAUAGCCACCACUAACAGUUCAUCCUCAUGCCACUCAACACCUCGCAAAGGAAAAUCACAAAAGCAUGUCACCAAUGGACAUGUUAACGGGUCUUACAAAUCCUUGAGGGACAAAGAAACUUCUCACAAACACAAAAGCAAAGAGUCCACCCCAGGGAAAGAGAGGAACAGUGACCAUAAAGCCCAGAGCCGGAGAGAGUCUGCCGCUGCUAACCACCAACAUGCUUCUAACACGGGCUCACAUGCCAAAGGGCUCGCUGCUAACAACCACCACAGUCAUCUUAGAUCGGCUCAGGACUUAAGAAAACAGAUUUCCAAGGUGAAUGGAAUUACUCGAUUAUCAUCAUCGAGUUCUAACUCAGUCGGUGCCAAAAAGACGAGAGCAGCGAAACCUUCACCGUCCAAAACUGUGAAGUAUACUGCAACGGUGACCAAGGGAACUGUCACAUACACCAAAGCCAAGAAAGAACUGGACAAGGCAACCAAACUGAAUCACAGCAAAACCAGUUCAUCUAUUCACCAAACAAUCUCAGGGACCACAGAAAGCAGCAAUGCAAAAACUCGGAAACAGGUGCUAUCUCUUUCCACAUCCAAGCCCAACUGUGCCACUGGUAUUAACUGUGUUAAGAUGAAUGGCAAGUUGAACAAAAAUACGUGCACUAUGGAGGAGGGAAGGCAGUUAAGGGAAGGACUGCGUAAUUCAAAAAGACGUCUGGAGGAAGCAAACCACCCCAAUAAGGCACAGCCUUUAGUAAAGAAACUUAAAGUAUCCGCCAGCUUGCCUGAAGUCAGGAGCAAGAGGCUUGUGGCGGAGAAACCGGUGCUUAAUGGACAUGUCAAGAAAGAAGUGCCAGAGAAGAUGCUGGAGAGAAAUAGGCCAAAGCGGGCCUCAACAGCCAAGAGCACAUCAGUUACACAAACCCACAGUAAGACAGAAGAUGCUGGCUGUGAAAAUCACUCUACCUCGCCGACAGAUUCCUCGCACAAAACUCUGGACGCUAAGCCAGAAAGACAAGCUGAAAGGCCCAGGUGUGUAGCCAUGUGUGAGAUCCCUGUCCUCCAACCUUCUGCCAAGGAGUUCCACGAUCCCCUGAUCUACAUUGAGUCCAUCCGAGCCCAAGUAGAGAAGUAUGGGAUGUGUACAGUGAUUCCUCCCCCAGACUGGAGACCUGAAUGCAAGCUGAACGACGAAAUGCGCUUUGUAACGCAGAGUCAACACAUCCACAAACUUGGUAGACGCUGGGGUCCUAAUGUGCAGCGGCUGGCCUGCAUCAAGAAGCACCUCAAAUCUCAGGGCAUCACCAUGGAUGAACUUCCACUCAUAGGAGGCUGUGAGCUAGAUUUGGCACAGUUUUUCCAGCUCAUUAAUGACAUGGGUGGCAUGCAGCAAGUGACAGACCUCAAGAAAUGGAACAAACUGGCAGACAUGCUUCGCAUCCCUAAGACUGCACAGGACAGACUAGCAAAACUGCAAGAGGCUUACUGUCAGUACUUGCUCUCAUAUGACUCCCUUUCCCCCGAGGAGCACAAAAAACUGGAGAAAGAAGUUCUACAGGAGAAGGAAAACCUGGAAAAGAAGAAAGGUCCACUGGAAGGGCAGGCAGAGAAUGCUUAUAGGUUACAUUUGCUCCCUAGAUAUGAGCCCAAAAAUGGAUUAAUUAAUGGAGUAGUACACCGCAAUGGUCUACGUGGAAAGCUGAAAGAAAUGGACGUUCCUCCAAAAAAUGGAAGGCGGAGGCUCUUUACUCUGGAAAAAGAAUACACAGAGGAGGAACCCGAAGAUAAAAGUUUAUUAGGUGACCUGCACAAAUGCGUCUACAAGGGAAGGUCUAUGUCUCUUACCACCUUCUUCCGGACAGCAAGGAACGUCAUGAACAUGUGUUUCAAUAAAGAGCCAACUGUAGCAGAAGUUGAGCAAGAAUACUGGCGGAUUGUUGACCAGAAGUCUUGCCACGUAGCUGUGCAUUGUGGAAAGGUCGACACAAACACUCAUGGAAGUGGAUUUCCUGUGAGUAAAGCAGAACCCUUUUCAAGGCAUGGCUGGAAUCUCACAAUCCUUCCUAAUAAUUCAGGAUCCAUCCUACGACACCUUGGUGCUGUGCCUGGAGUAACAAUUCCUUGGCUUAAUAUUGGCAUGGUCUUUUCUACCUCAUGCUGGUCUCGAGACCAAAAUCACCUUCCGUAUAUUGACUACUUACACACUGGUGCUGAUUGCAUUUGGUAUUGCAUUCCUGCUGAGGAAGAAAGUAAACUUGACAAAGUGGUACACACUCUACUUCAAGCCAAUGGUACUCCUGGUCUGCAAAUGCUUGAAAGUAACGUCAUGAUCUCCCCAGAGGUGCUUUGCAAAGAGGGGAUCAAAGUACACCGUACUGUACAGCAGAGUGGACAGUUUGUCGUCUGCUUCCCAGGAUCCUUUGUGUCAAAAGUGUGCUGUGGCUACAGUGUUUCUGAAACUGUGCACUUUGCUACCACCCAGUGGACAAGCAUGGGCUUCAAAACUGCCAAGGAAAUGAAACGUCGACACAUAGCAAAGCCGUUCUCUAUGGAGAAAUUACUGUAUCAAAUUGCAACAGCAGAGGCAAAAAAAGAAAACGGUCCAACUCUGGGUGUCAUUUCUACUCUGCUCGGAGAGCUCAGGGAUACAGAGUUGAGGCAGAGAAAGGAGCUCUUUGAGGCGGGUCUCCACUCUUCUGCACGAUACGGAAGUCACGACACCAGCAUCUCGAUUGUAGAUGGGAAGAAGAAACCUCGGAAAUGGUUGCAGUUGGAGAAUUCAGAGAGGAGAUGUCAAAUAUGCCAGCACCUCUGUUAUCUUUCCAUGGUUGUGCAGGAGAAUGAGAAUGUUGUGUUCUGCCUGGAGUGUGCAUUACGUCAUGUGGAGAAGCAGAAGUCGUGUCGAGGAUUAAAGCUAAUGUAUCGAUAUGAUGAGGAACAAAUAAUUAGUCUGGUCAAUCAGAUCUGUGGGAAGGCGUCUGAUAACAACAAUUGCAGCAAUGACGACAACGACAACAUUGAGAACUGUCUCACUAAGUCUACACCAAAAAGAGGACCAAGGAAGAGAGCCACACUUGAUGUGCCAUCAUCUAGACUGUCAUCUGUCAGUUUGUCCAAAAGUGCUUCAUAUUCAUCAUGAAGAUGCCAACCCUCGAUUCUCUGAUCAUAUAAUUAAAUAUAAAAUAAAUAUAUAUAUAUAUAUAUAUAUAUAUAUAUAUAUAUAUAUUUAUUUUAUGAUUAUACCAUAGUUUGGAGUACUUGCUGUAGAAUGCAGGCUGUCUUUGCACUAGCUCUAAGAAGAUUUUUUUUUUCUUCUGGUUUUUAGAAAGUAACUUUUGUUUUAGCAUUAAACUGUUAAUUUUAUGUGCGUUUUUUUUUUUUUUUUUUUUUUAGCCACUGCAGUUCAACUUUUUGACUGCAGUCUAGUCACUGUUUUAUGACAGUCUGAGGGGGCUAACUAAAACUGUUUCUGAUUUUAGCUUUUUGUUCUCUGCAGCCUGUUUAGACUGAAUACAAAAAAACACAAGCCUUCCUUGACAACUGUGUGAAUAAGGCUUUUUACAUUUUUAUUAUGUUUGAGGUGCAUUUUUUUUCCAUUGUAUUUCUUUAUCCAGUCAAGGGAGCAUUUUUUUCUAUAGAAAAGAAAAAUGAAACUUGAACAAACCCGCUCUUUCUUGGCAAUCUCAUUCUGUCAUGUGCAAGAUUAGUUUUUUUUUUUGUUUGUAUUUUUUUUAACUAGGAUUUAAAAUGUAGUAAUGAAAAACACAAAAACCAUAAAAAAUGGAGGAUAGUUUGGCAGCUUAUGAUGGACUACAAACAAAACCCAGAGGCAUAAUGCUGAGAUU